AUGGAAGCAUUGGUUUAUACAUUCCUCUUAGUAUCGACUUUAGGGAUCAUUUUUUUCGCUAUCUUUUUUCGGGAACCACCUAAAGUUCCAACUAAAAAAACAAAAUGA